AUGCUAUUGUUUUGUAAAAAUGUUCUUGCCAAUGCAGACAUAGAUUCCGGAGAUGUCCGUGUUGGUAUACUUUCAUUUACUAAUACAGCAAAAAUUGAGUUUCAUAUGAUACAAUAUUCAACCAAACUAGAUGUAUUUCAAGCUAUAGACAAGAUAUCCCAUAUAUCUGGAAUGACAAAUAUAGCUGCUGCAUUUAGGAAAGUGCGAAAUGAAAUGUUUCCAACUCAUCAUGGUGACAGAGAUAAUGUUUCAAAAGUUGUGAUGUUGUUGACUGAUGGUGAAAUAUCAAACGUUAAUCAAAGUGAAACAGCUAAAGAGGCCAAUAUAACCCGAAGCAGCAACAUCCAUGUUUACGCAAUUGUCAGCAAUUUGAACAAAAAACAAGAACCGGAACUUCUUAAAAUAGUCACACAGCCUCCAGAAGACAACAUUAUGGAUUUCACACAAUAUGCUAAUUUAAGUAGUCAAGUUUUUCAAACGACUUCUAAAGGUGUGCCAACAGUUCAAGUGCAACAAUCAUCAUAUUUUGUCAACACUGGUAGCUCUAUUACCUUGGGGUGCACUGUUACAUCUAACCUUGCUGUCACUGAUGUUUACUGGCAAAGAAAUAUUGGUAGUAGCAUAACAAAAAUUAGAUCAAAAACCAACAACAACAAAUAUAAUGGCAUUACUACUAGCACACCGUCUCUGACUAUCUUUAAUGCAGACCAAAAUGAUGUAGCAACUUACACAUGUUUUGCCGCCAACAGUGUAGGAACUGGACAGAGUACAACCACUCAAUUGUCUGUUACAGGAAAGGGAAAUAUUCUCCACAACAUCUCGAAUGCUGAAAUUGAUAAGAAGGUAUUGGAACUUAAAAAGACAUUAGAAAUCCGCAAAAACGAAACAGCAAGAUACAGAAGUAUGAAAACAAGUGCCACGGAUGAUCGGUUAUCGUCUGCUGUCAUGGGAUAUGUAGGAGUUAUGGUUAUUGUAGCAAUUAUUUCAUUGUUUGUGUUCUUUGAUUGUCUUUCAAUAUGGCAGUAUUAUCAUGAUACAUAA